AUGGGCUGCGGAAUGACUAAGAACGCCAAGAAACUCUCGAAAAGUUGCAUCGAUUUGGAAAAAUAUUGUGAAACCUCAAAUGAUUCAAUUAGAAAUUUAAGAGCUUCUCAAAAAGAGUUAAAACUAAGCGAGAAGAGGAAGCAAUAUCAAAUUCGGAUUUUUACCCCAGAAAAAAUGGGUUUAGCUGAUAAUUCAGUCUCUUUACAUCGUUCCUCAUCAAAUCAAGCUAAAAGUGUAUAG